CUCCUUUCUUCCGAAUUUGGUAUGGGCUACGCAGAGACGACAUUGCAAAAAUUCUAUUAGGAUCCUCAGCAGCGGCCAUCUCUGGAAUCUCAAAGCCCUUGUUUGGUUACUUCAUCAUGACAAUUGGCGUGGCAUACUAUGAUCAAGAUGCAAAAAGAAAAGUCAGCAAAUAUUCUUUGAUUUUCUUCGGGGCUGGGAUGGUCACACUGGCCAGUAGCAUCUUGCAGCACUACAUUUAUGGUGUUAUUGGAGAAACGGCAAUGAAAAACCUAAGAGAGGCCCUCUUUUCAUGUAUGCCAUAUGAAAACUUUCUUCACUGGUCUUGUCAAUAUCUUGCACGAGUUUUCAUUGUUCACAAUAUGACAAGUUUUUUUUUUGUUUUAAUACACUGCAGCUGUGCUCCAAAAUGAGCUUGGUUGGUUUGAAAAGCCAAAGAAUGGUGUAGGAUCUCUUACCUCACGCAUUGUCAGUGACACAUCAACAGUAAAGAGCAUCAUAUCUGAUAGGAUGGCAGUCAUUGUGCAAUGCAUCUCUUCAAUCCUGAUAGCAACAACGGUAAGCAUGUUCGUCAACUGGAGGAUGGGUUUAGUAUCAUGGGCAGUCAUGCCAUGCCAUUUCAUCGGCGGCCUUAUCCAAGCCAAGUCAGCCAAGGGAUUUUACGGCGACGCUGCUAUUGCUCACCAGGAGCUCGUGUCCCUUGCUUCGGAGGCUGCUAGCAACAUCCGGACCGUGGCAUCCUUUGUUUAUGAAGAUGAAAUCAUGAAGAAAGCAGAACUGUCGCUGCAAGAACCCAUGAGAAUCACCAAGAUUGAGAGCAUGAAGUAUGGGAUAAUCCAAGGGAUCUCGCUCUGCCUGUGGAACAUCGCACAUGCAGUGGCACUCUGGUACACCACAGUUCUGGUCCAGAGAAAGCAAGCAUCAUUUGAGAACAGCAUACGGUCAUACCAGAUAUUCUCGCUCACGGUGCCUUCCAUCACAGAGUUAUGGACCCUGAUUCCCAUGGUCAUGUCAGCCAUAACAAUACUGAAUCCUGCAUUUGACAUACUUGACAGAGAGACGCAGAUUGUGCCAGAUGAACCAAAAGCGACAAGUGACUGCUGGCUCGUGGGGAGAAUUGAGUUUCAGGGUGUGAACUUCAACUAUCCAUCACGCCCAGAGAUCACCAUUCUGGAUGGCUUCAAUCUAGUCAUCGAGCCUGGCCAAAGGGUAGCAUUGGUUGGCCCAAGCGGUGCAGGAAAAUCCUCUGUCCUGGCUCUCAUACUGAGAUUCUACGAUCCGCACAGAGGUACAGUGCUAGUUGACAACAAAGAUAUAAGGGACUACAACCUCAGAUGGCUCAGGAGGCAAAUUGGAUUAGUUCAACAGGAACCAAUUCUGUUCAACACAUCCAUCAGAGAUAACAUUAGUUAUGGAAGUGAAGAAUCUUCAGAAACUGAAAUCAUCCAGGCUGCCAUGGACGCAAACAUUCACGAGUUCAUCAGCGGUUUGCCAGAAGGGUACGGCACAGUCGUUGGAGACAAAGGAGGUCAGCUUUCAGGAGGGCAGAAACAGCGCAUAGCUAUCGCAAGAACUCUACUAAAGAGGCCAGACAUUCUGCUUCUUGACGAGGCAACUAGCGCACUCGAUGGUGAGUCUGAGAGGGUGGUGAUGACUUCUUUAGGGGCCAAGGAGUGGAACAACAGAGGUGAGCGAUCAAGCAAUAUUACAAGCAUCACAGUGGCGCAUAGAUUGUCCACAGUCAUAAAUGCAGACAUGAUUGUUGUGAUGGAGAAAGGGAAGGUGGCUGAAACCGGUGACCACCAAACACUGAUAUCUGCAGAUGAUGGUGUUUACUCAAGGCUGUUUCACUUGCAAAGCAACAUGAAGGAUUGAUAGCUCUAUCAAGCCCCAUUGUAGCCACGAGACCCGAUCUAAAUAUAUUUAGGUGCUUUGCCAGCAUUUGCAGUAUUGCUCAGAUGCAUUUACUGCCAGUUGACAGAUUGUAAUAACAUAGCUAUCUCUUCAUAUGUUCAAGAUGCUUCAUCCAUGAGUUAAAAAAAUGGGUCACAUUGUCCUCCAUCCAACUUAAUAUUUGCCACAUUUUGGGGUAUCAUACUGAAGUACUCUUUUCUAUCAAUUAGGUCAUUCCUCUGAUUUUUUUUCGAAAAGAGGGGACAUCCCUCGGCCUCUGCAUCGAGUGAUGCACAUGUUAGGAAUAAGCAACUUGUAUUCCCAUGAGGCCAUAGGCCGAUAUAUAUACAUGUACAGGUGUGGAACAUAUGCAGGAAACCCCUUAUACAA